AGGGUGGGCAGGGCAUUUCCCCCAGGGCCAAGCCGGAGAGCUUGCCCCGCCACUGGGUGGGGAUCUGAGCCCCCCUGCAUGCAGCCAGGCCUCUCUGGAGUCACCGUGAUGCACAGCUGGUUCAGCUCAGGCGUGUUCCAGCACGCCCUGGAGGAGCCUGGCCUGGAACCCCAGGCCCCUGGCAGCAUGGGAGAGGCAGGCAGUACACAGAGAUUUCUACGCAUGCAGGUGGGGUCAGCCAUCAUCUCCUCUGAGGUGUGGGACAUAACCGGGGACGUCAACACAGCUGUGACCUUUCACCUGCAACACCAGGCCCAGGCCUUCCCUCAGAAGCUGGUGGAGCCUGUCUGUGCCUUCUGGAACUUCAGCAGCAGUCCAGACACAGGGGGCUCCUGGGCCACUACUGGCUGCUCCGUGGCUGCCUUGCACCAGGACUCCACCACCUGCUUCCACAACCACAGCACCAACUUUGCUGUCCUGCUGCAGAGAGAUCCUGAGGAGGAGUCAUUGCUGAGGAUGCUGUCAUUUGUGGGUUGUGGUGUGUCCUUCUGUGUCCUUGCCACCACCUUCUUGCUCUUCCUGGCAGCUGGGUGAGGCAAGCUGGGUCCAGCCUGCCCUGUGGGCCUCUGCGUCCCUCCUUGGGGCAGUUCGAUCCUUGAUCCCAGCAGACCCUCCAGGCUGUGGGUCCCCUGUGGAGCUGCCAUCCCUGCCUUCACUGGCCUGUCCACAGGGACC